GUGGGGGUUUGCUCGGGGAAAUUGUCCUCUGGCCUACAAGAUUAAAGAUGGCCUCAUAUGCUACUGCCCAAAACGACUGAAAAACUGGUUUUCAUAUAAUCUGGGCUGUAAUUUUAGAAGUUCUCUUACUCAGUGGUGGGCCCGGAUUGGAACUCAAAAGGAAUUGUGUCGUUGCUCCUUGAAGGAUUUGGAAGAUCUGUUGUUGAGUUGAUUUGUUUUCUGGUUGAGAAUGAAGAAGAGUCACCUUCUGGUAGCGUUGUUGUUGUUAUUUGAAUCUCUAAAUGUUUAUGCUUUUGCUUCACCCUCCACUGUGCCUGCCUUUCUCUGGUCUCCUCAUCACAAUCAGUUGCAAUCUGAUAAUGUUUUAAAUUAUCAAACAAUAUCUCCAAAGGAUCUGGCAAAGUCUGUUCUUUCUCAAGGGGGCUGGUCUGAUUUAUUGUGCUCAAGGAAGCAAUCUCCUCAAUCUGUUGAUGUGGCACUUGUUUUUGUUGGUAGAGAGUUGGAAUCUUCUCAUGUUUCUGGAAAUAAGCAUGCUGACUCAGCCUUGGUGGACUUGCUUAAGGUCUCUUUUAUGAGUUCCAAUUUUUCGGUGGCAUUCCCUUAUAUUGUUGCGUUAGGGGAGGAAACAAUGGAGAAUUUGUUGGUUUCAGAGUUUAUGGAAGAUUGUGGUGGUGAUCUGAGAAUCAACAAUGUUGCAUUUUCAGAGUCAUGCGCUGUAGAGGGUGGUAAUUUUCAGAAGCUUGCAGACUGGCACUCAGUUCAAGAUCAUCUGCUUUCAAGAAUGGAGAAGAAAACAGAUAGGCAAGCUCAUUUGGUUGUCUUCUGCUAUGAUGGCACUAAGUCUGUGAAUCAACUUGACCAACAACGUUCUGAAAGUGAGGUUAUCUCGGGGCUUAUUAAUUCCAUGGAGCAGUCAGGGGCAAAGUACACAGUUCUUUAUGUUUCUGAUCCUGUUAGGUCUAUUCAAUAUCCUACUUAUCGGGAGCUAGAAAGGUUUCUUGCUGAUGGUGCUGAUGGAAAUGGAUCAGUGAAUUCCACUGGCUGUGAUGAAGUUUGCAAGUUUAAAUCAUCACUUUUGGAGGGAAUUUUAGUUGCAAUUGUUCUGCUUCUAAUUUUAAUAUCAGGCCUUUGCUGUAUGAUGGGCAUUGACACUCCAACAAGAUUUGAGGCGGCUCAUGAAUCUUAAUUAGUAGUUUGUGGAAGAUAAUAGCUUAAUAUUAGGUCUUCUUUUGCAGAGACUUUGAAAGUUAUUAAUCAUUUGUUAUAUAUAGUUGCAGUCGGUAGGGAUGCAAUAUUGUAAUAUUUGUUCACCUAUUUCGAUUCACAUUUGGCUGUGUAAAUAACGGUGAGACCCUCUUUAUCAACAUGGCAUAUUCAUUAUCCCUUUA